AUGGACCAGGACAGGGUGAACUGUAUGGACCAGGACAGGGUGAACAGUAUGGACCAGGACAAGGUGAACAGUAUGGACCAGGACAGGGUUAACUGUAUGGACCAGGAGAGGGUGAACAGUAUGGACCAGGACAGGUAUGGACCAGGACAGGGUGAACAGUAUGGACCAGGACAGGGUGAACAGUAUACACCAGGACAGGGUGAACACUAUGGGUCAGGACAUGGUGAACAGUAUGGACCAGGACAGGGUGAAAGGUAUGGACCAGGACAGGGUGAACAGUAUGGACAAGGACUAGGCGGACAGUAUACACCAGGACAGAGUGAACAGUAUGGAUCAGGACAUGGUGGACAGUAUGUACCAGGACAGUAUGAACAGUAUGGACCAGGGCAGGGUGAAUAG